AUGACUGAUGGUUCUUAUGAUCCAACAAAGGUACACAUUAUCACAUCGGUCAAUGAAAUUGUUGUAUCAAUCGCUAGCAAUGAUGCAACUCAGCCGGUUGAGAAUGUUAUCAUUGAUAACGUAGCAAUACAACAUGGUGCAUGGAAUAUAGGUCGCACUGAACAAGUCAAUUCUGCAUCAGCUGCAUUUCUCACAUCUGUAGCAUUAUUUAUUGCCAAUGCACCGGCAAUCCUUAUCUCAAAUGUUGAAAUCAGUCAUACCGAUUCAUAUGGUUUACGAAUAAGAGAAGGAACUUUAAAUGGCAAUUUCACUAAUUCACUAGUUAAUGAUAUAGGUGCAUGUGGUGUUUGGAUGACAGAUAUAUCGAUUUUAGCUAAUUCAAAUAAAAUCCUGUCGAACGAAAUUAGUUAUGGUGGUAACGUCUUUCCAAGUAGUGUUGGUGUUCUCGUUUUUCGUUCAUUUGGUAUUGUCAUUGCUGAUAAUACUAUUCAUCAUCAUCGAUACAAUGAAAAUAUCUGUUGGUUCUCAAAAUGGUUACACUCAAUCAUGGACAUCAAAGAUUUUAAUCUUAGAAACUUAUAUAUUUAUAAUAUUGGACAACAUAUUCUUUGUGAUCAAGCCCUAGAGAAAGGAGGUGAUAUUUAUACAAUUGAUAUCCAGCCAGGAACAGUAAUCCAUAGCAAUGUUUAUCUCGACGAUGGUGCAUCAGAUAUGAUCGUUUCCAAUAAUGUUGUAUCCAAUACCGGUGGGAGUUCCAUGUUUCAACACGAUGGAGCGAACAAUACAAUCAUUAAUAAUGUAGUUGCACGUGCAUCGUUGAUUCAACCACCACAGCCUGGUGACCCCAUGCCAGACGGUGAUGUACGUAUUCAACUUGCUGAAAAUCAUACUUCAUGGAUAUAUACACGCAAUAUUGUUUAUGAUACAUUCCAAGGAACUAAUCAUUCUGUGUUCAAAUCUGAUCCACAUGUCAUUGCAUCAUUUAGUAACAAUGUCUAUUAUAAUUCAUAUGGUACUCCUUUACUAUUUGGCUCAAAACAAACAUCAUUUUUCGAGUGGCAAAAAUCUGGGCAACACAAUGGUAGUGUUAUAGCAGAUCGACUAUUCGCUGGCGAUGUCAAUCAAUGCGAUUUCUUUACUGUUCAACUGGAAAGUUCUGCGGCAAAACUUAAAUUUGUAAAUUUGACCAAACGUUCGACAUGGACUCCAGGGUGUAGUGUGGAUGAUGGAAUUGACCACAAUCAAUUGUACCAUUGGUAA